GCACGAUUGGUAUGACAGGUCUCGGCCACUCACUUUGAGGCGAGGAUAUACAGUACUAUAGUAUGACGCAGACCGGAGGAUAUUCUCCAGGAGCAAGUUCACUAAAGGAAAGCUGCUUGGUCGAUUUUGCUGCCAACGUUGUUUGCGGUCGUCAAGCCAGAGUGUAGCCAGAAAUAUGGAACGGCGACAUGCCCAUGGAGCUCACACGCCUUCCUCCCCUGAUGGCGUCCCCAGCCAUUUUGAUCUGCAACGCAUGUACUGGGCAGUGUUGGGAGCCUUUAUCGGUGCUGCAACACUCGCCAACAUCAUGAAUAUGAUCAUAGCGGCCCAAAGAUUCUCGGACCGCACUUCUAGCCCUGCAAAGCCGAAAUCGUUUCUCUUCAGGGCGUAUGCCACGGCAACAGCACUGAUCAGAGAAGCUUCCCAAGCCGGACUAGCUCCCUUGAGGGCUUGGGGAAUCACAGUCCAUAUGCCAACGCUAGGUCGUUUGAGCAUGGUCCUGGCAAACUUGGCUGUAUUAAUGGUCCUCUGUUUCUACAAGCUUAAUACUAUGGAUGAAUGGAGCUGGGAAACUAUCGGCUAUCGAACUGGAUUUAUGGCCAUUGCGCAGCUGCCCCUGAUAAUUCUCCUAGCAGGUAAAACCAAUAUCAUUGGGUUCCUCACAGGGUCUGGCUACGAACGGCUGAAUUGGUUGCACCGAUGGAUAGCAAGGACUUUAUGGCUCACCGCUACGGUUCACAUGGCCUUCUGGUUUCGAAGCUGGGGGAGAUAUAAUUAUAUCAUAGUCAAGCUAUCGACAGACACGUUGACUCAGAGAGGAUUCGCAGCAUGGUGCAUUUUAACUUACAUCGUUAUCGUUUCCGCGGGCCCCGUUCGGCGGUUGAGCUACGAGUUCUUCGUCUUGUCUCAUAUCGUGACAUUUUCGGGGUUUAUUGCGGCCGUAUGGCUUCAUUCCCCAGACGAGGUCAAGGCCUGGUCCUGGGUACCUAUUGGGCUGCUGGUUUUUGACCGGGCGGUAAGAUAUGUCGCCAUGGCCUUUACCAAUGUACGUCUCUCAUCCUCUAGUCGGGGAGCGGCGUCCACGGGACAGAGAUCGAAAUGGGCGAAUUGGGCAACAUUCACACCAUUGCCCGGGAAUGUCACGAGGAUAACAAUUCAUGACGCCGCAGUUUCGUGGAAGCCUGGUCAACAUGUGCUCCUUUCCUGUCAUUCUAUCCUGCCAUUCCAGAGUCACCCAUUUACCAUUGCCUCCAUCCCAUCCGACCGCAAAUUAGAACUUCUGGUUCGAGCGGAAAGAGGAGGAACAAAGAAGCUAUUCGACUACGCCUUGAAGCAUAGUAAGUUCUUAGGGCGGAGAAACGAUCAGCCUAUUCCGCAAAAACCCAAGGCUGUGGUGAUUGAGGGUCCUUAUGGCCGGAUAAGGCCCCUGCGACAAUUUGACAGCGUCGUUUUGAUUGCUAGUGGCAUGGGUGCCACAUUUACCAUGCCGCUGAUGCGCGAUAUCGUUGAAGGUUGGAAAACCCAGUAUCUUGAUCCUCAAUUUGCCCAGUCUAAAGAUCCGCUCCACUCGAACUUUGCUUUGACCAAACGCAUUCGGUUUAUCUGGAUAGUCCGGGCACGGGCUCAUUUGGCCUGGUUUAUCGACGAGCUGCAUAAAUUGAAACGAGACCUCGAUGACUGCGCUGCCACGAGCAGUUCAUUCAAUGAAACGAGAAGUCUCGAGGUAACCAUAUAUGUGACUUGCGACGAACAAUUAUCUUCGGGGGGACCAACUUCUUUUCUUCCGUUGGAGUGGGCUUCAGCCUCUCAGUCAUCCUUUGUCUCGCAGGAUUCGGUGAUGCUUGAGAAAGAAAGGGUACUCCCAGCGGAAACACCGCUCCCACCGGAAACCAUCACCGCUCCCAGCAAAGCUACGUCUUGCCUUCGUCAAAGUGGCUGUUGCUGCACCAGAAAAGUCACAGACGAGACUAUUUCCAUGCCUCCGUGCAUGUGCUCUGGGGCAGCUUCAGCCCAUCCCAGUCUGCUACCCGUCACUGCGUUAGAGGAGGCGAAAGAAAGCACCGCAGAAAACCGCUGUCCUACUUCUCCACAGAGUCCUCAAAGCCUACUUGGCCCAUGCAUCACGAUUCGCUCUGGACGUCCAGACACACGCACAAUUAUACGUUCCAUUCUCGAACAAGCCGAAGGAGAAAGCGGCGUCGUCGCGUGCGGGCCAAAGGGAUUGAACGCUGAUGUCAGACGCAGUGUGGUGUCCCUGAGUGAUGAGCGGGCGGUGCAUAAGGGCACUGGGGCCCAGGGGAUAUACUUACAUGUUGAGGAGUAUGGGUUUUGAUUUAUGUGCAUCGAUGGAUCCUAAGGUGGAUUGUCAUUGUUAUCGUUAUUAUUAUUAUUAUAGGUUUUUCGUCGAGUUUUGCGACUUUAUUUAGGGAUAUGGAGUCUGGGUAAGGAGUAGAAGGUAACAAGAUAGUGAUAUCCUAGAUGUUAGCCAAUAAGUAACUAUCGUUCGAGAAAGAUA